AUGGAACAUCUCUGUAAUACACAUAUGGAUCGUUUAUCUGAAGAAGCACAUGGAAAUAUAUUAUCAGGUCUAACCAAUGAUUGUGAUGUUUUCACUGCAUUGGGUAUUGACCCGUACGAUCCUCUUGAAGAUUUUCAACCCGAUUUUAUUGUUUCUGGCACAUGCGAUUUAGAAAGUCUUACUAAAUCAAUGAAACAACCCGACGAACUAUUGGACUCAGCAACAUAUAUCAGACCGAAAACUCUUGAUAAUGUUUUAUUUGGUGGCGAUAAUAAUUUUGCAUUGAUGAAAGAUUUCUUUGAUUGUAAUAUUGACACAAUGAAAGAGCAGGAGUCAAAUACUAAACAGAUUGACUUAUCACCAUCGGUUGGCGUUAGACAAAAUCAAAUAUCAGUAAAAUCUUCACCUAAAAUUCAAAUUUGUUAUCCUUUGGAGCAAUACUAUCGGCCACGUUACAAAAGUGAUUAUUUCACUCACGAUGGGAAAAUUCGAAGGCCCAGAUACGUAGCUGAUGGUGCUGGCAAUCACUUUGUCGCACUUCAAGUACCACCAGGCAUUCGUGGUAUGAUUCGAAUCGAUUGGCUUACAGUUCCAACAGAAAAUGGUGAUCAAUAUUUUAUGCCUUAUUGUUUUCAACAAAAUAAUGAAUCACAAGAAGUACAAGAUUGUAAUCCAUUGUACGAGACUGUUGAGGCCGAUAAAAAUGGCAUCAUGAAAUUAUAUCUAGUGUUAAUUAAAUCAAAACAAGAUGAAUUGAAAUCUUUGCAGCCACUCAAACCAUUUCGUCCAUGGCAAGAUAUGUUUGGUAUGCCGGAUAAAAACAAUUCGAAACAAACAUAUCCAUUACAUCCAAAACAGUUAAUUCAAAAAUAUCAACUCGAUAAAUCUCAGUUAGCAUUUACGUUUUGUGCACUAAGUUCAGAUGGACAAACAAAGAUUCCAGAAUGGAAUACAACAGUUUACUCAACAGUUCUUACUGAAAUAUCAAACGAAAAUCACAAGAAAAGAAUAAUAUUAUGUCCUUGUUGUGAUCAUUCAUUUGAUAUAUCACUUGUUGGUGAUGAUGAUGAUUGUGUUCAAGAGACAAUAAACGAUACAACAAUAGCAAAACAGAAUAAGAAUGGAAAAGUUAUAAGAACAACAAAAAAGCAAAAACUCACUUGA